UCUGCUUCAGCACCGCCUGGCCAUGAAUCCUCCCCAAAGUUCCCUGGAAGGGAACCGCCGCGGACCCAAACCACAUUAAAACAAGUUCGUGUGGAUUCAGAAGCAAAUGUUGGGCUGGAAAUGAUUUUUAAAAUGUGUUUAUGAUUAUUAGAAACCAGAAAAUCCCGGGACCGCCGCCUCAGAUUUGGGAAUUUGAAGGAAUCUGAUGAUCAGGUGAAUAAAAGCGGAUUUUUUUAGGAAGCAGAGGAGAAGGCUGUGCGCUCGGAACCGGACCGGACCGCGAGGAUGGAGAUCCGGCCGGACAGGUUCAAAGCUGCGGCAGCGAAGACUCUGGGGAAGAUUUACGGGGCGCUAGAGAAGAAGCAGGAAAAUGGCGAAACCAUCGAGCUGUCGGCGGAGGGCCGGCCGGAGCUGGUGCAGGAGAAGGAGAUGCCGGUGGUGGACUGCACCUGCUUCGGCCUGCCCCGCCGCUACAUCAUCGCCAUCCUGUCCGGGAUCGGCUUCUGCAUCUCGUUCGGCAUCAGGUGCAACCUGGGCGUGGCCAUCGUCAGCAUGGUCAACAGCCACACCGUCUUCAGGGACAACAAGGAGGUCAUCGUGAAAGCUCAGUUCACCUGGGAUCCAGAGACGGUUGGGAUGAUCCACGGUUCCUUCUUCUGGGGUUACAUCGUCACUCAGAUCCCCGGAGGUUUCAUCUGUCAGAGGUUCGCAGCAAACAGGGUGUUUGGCUUCGCCAUCGUCGCCACUUCCUGCCUGAACAUGCUGAUCCCCACGGCGGCGCGGAUGCACUUCGGCUGCGUCAUCAUAGUGAGGAUCUGUCAGGGCCUGGUGGAGGGCGUCUCUUACCCGGCCUGCCACGGCAUCUGGGCCAAAUGGGCCCCGCCGCUGGAGCGAAGCCGGCUGGCCACGACGGCCUUCUGUGGAUCUUAUGCGGGCGCGGUGAUCGCCAUGCCGCUGGCUGGGAUCCUGGUCCAGUACUCAGGAUGGUCCUCCGUCUUCUACGUCUACGGGACCUUCGGGGUCAUGUGGUACUGCUUCUGGAUCCUGGUUUCCUACGAGAGUCCGGCGGCUCACCCGACCAUCACGGAGGAGGAGCGGACGUACAUCGAGGAGAGCAUCGGCGAGUCGGCUCAGCACACGGUGACGAAGUUCAACACUCCGUGGAAAUCGUUCUUCACCUCCAUGCCGGUCUACGCCAUCAUCGUGGCCAAUUUCUGCCGCAGCUGGACCUUCUACCUGCUGCUCAUCAGCCAGCCCGCCUACUUCGAGGAAGUGUUUGGCUUCGAGAUCAGCAAGGUGGGAAUGCUUUCUGCUCUGCCUCACCUGGUCAUGACCAUCAUCGUUCCCAUCGGAGGCCAAAUCGCCGACUACCUGCGGUCCAACCACAUCAUGACCACCACCAACGUCAGGAAGAUCAUGAACUGUGGAGGGUUCGGGAUGGAGGCCACCCUGCUGCUGGUGGUCGGCUUCUCGCACACGAAGGGCGUCGCCAUCACCUUCCUGGUUCUGGCGGUGGGAUUUUCUGGCUUCGCCAUUUCAGGUUUUAACGUCAACCACCUGGACAUCGCGCCGCGAUACGCCAGCAUCCUCAUGGGGAUCUCCAACGGCGUGGGCACGCUGUCCGGCAUGGUCUGCCCGCUGAUCGUUGGCGCCAUGACCAAACACAAGACGCGGGAGGAGUGGCAGGGUGUGUUUCUGAUCGCCUCACUCGUUCAUUACGGCGGGGUUAUAUUUUAUGGUAUUUUUGCCUCUGGGGAGAAGCAGCCGUGGGCCGAGCCGGAGGAGCUGAGCGUGGAGAAGUGCGGCAUCCUGGACGAAGACGAGCUCGCCAACGAGACGGAGGAACUGUACCGCUCCAGCGGGGGAGCCGGCUACGGCGCCACCACCCAGGGCUCCGACCCCAACGGAGGCGGCGGCGGCUGGGUCUCGGACUGGGACAGAACCGAGGAGUACGUCCAGCCGGCCGGGACCAACAGCUACGCUUACGGAGGCGAGCCAGAGUUCACAUAGAAGCAGCCAGAGAAACACUAACAGCUCAGCAGCCGCGUGGAAACACUGAAGGAACUAAAACAGCAACCAGGCUUUUCAGGAAGCCCGACCUUUGACCUUUAAAGACAUUUAAAGUGAGGAUGGUAGUUAAAUGUGUGACUGCAGUCAGGAAUCAGAAGCCUUUCUGCAAACUUUCACUGGAAUCAGGCUUGUUGUUAAGAUGAGGCGUCCAUCUUUAAUAGCGGCAGACGGCUCUGUGUUUCCAUCAUGACUUGGUUUUUAUUGGUUUGAUGCUCAUUUAAAUUUGAGUUUCUGUUUUAUCCACUGAAACAUCACAGAUCAGCGUUGAAACAGACGGAUCUAACGGCGUGGGUCCUGGAUAACUGAAUCUAAAUAAUGGUUAAGAGUUUGGUUACACCUUGGAAAAUCCUUCAUGUUGUUCCCAGAAACUCACAGCAAGAGAGUUUAAUUUAUCUAAAUACGUUUUUCAGUCUGUGGAAGGAAGCCAGAAAGAGUCUGUCUGUUCACAGGGACAAAAUGGAAACUGGUCAUAAAAACACAUCAGAUGGGACUCUUUAGGAAAUGAAGACAACAGAACCUUCAUUUUGUUUUCGGGUCGUUUCUUCCCAGUUCUAAUUGAUACCAACAUUUCCUUUUUUUCUCUAUAUGUAGAACAAUGAAAAUUUGUACCUGAAUCAUUUCAAAACAAAACAACUGAAACCGACAAACUUUAUGACCAAUUCUUUGGUCAGAUUGUUAUUGUUGAGCUAAGCUAGCACUAGCUAAUUAGCAGGUGAAAGGCUAACUUUAGCUUAAGUGACUGAACUCAUUCUCUAAAACUAAAGUCAUUAUUACACAGCGUAGUUUCACCAACAUGAUUUUGUUUUCUGUGCAUCAAACUAAAAUGUUUUAUUGAUUCGGACCAACGAUGGAAACAUUCAACGUACUGUGGCAACUAAAGAUUUAGUUGCCAAAGUCCUUAGACAACUAAGUCCUGAAUAUUAUAAUAUUCAGCAACAGUCUGCUGUAAGGAAAUGUGAUUCUAUGACCAAAUAUGGUUAUUUAUUUGGUUAUAUAAUCACAUUUCCUUUAUAAUUACCAACUGGAAGUCACAAAUCUGAUCAUCAUAAUCUCUUUUAUUUUGGUUACGUAGAACCAAAAUGAAUGAAAUUACAGUAAAAUAUAAAAUAUUCAGGUAAUGGUGUUCAUCUGAAACCUGCUACAUAUUAUCUACACAAAAAAUUAAUGUAAUUAUACCAAAGAAAAAUAAGCCAAUUAAACUAACAAUGCCUAAAAUGACUUUACCUGACAGUUAAAUUUUAAUUCUAAAGUUAAAAACACUGUAUGAAAUAUAGUUUGUUUUAAUUACUUAACGACCAGUUCUUCAGUCAGUGUCUGAAUGUUUAGCAUAGCUAGCACUAGCUUGUGCUAGCUACUUAGCAGCUAACAGGCUGACGUUAGCAUAAGUGAAAAAAGUUGUUCUGUGAUGUGAUUAUUACUGUGACAUUAUAAUUAUUACACUGCUAAAUACUUUCCUUCAUCCUGAAUACGAGGUUCGUCGAGGUCGGAUCUGGUUGUUGGUCUGUAGUUCAAAAUGGCCGUCUUGUAGUUUAUUCUGUAACUCAGUAAACUGGGUUAAUGUUCUGACCUGGUGUUUGGAUUAAAGACGUAACCCAGCAGGUUUCUGUGUGAACAUUUCUCUUGGGUGAAUAUUUGACUAAAUCUAAAGUUUUUUUCAGCCAGCAGAAAUUUAGCAGAAAGUUUUUGCAAAAUAUUAUUUUAAUCUUUUAUCCUUUAAGAAAAGCAUUGUGCCAAUACAACAAAAUAAUGGUGUAUUCUGUAGUAUUGGUUUAUGAGGAAGUGAACAGUCUGUAGUGAUAUAGAAGAAAAUUAUUUUGUAAAAUGAACAGAAAAUACAAAAGUCUUUGACCUUUUUGCCUAUUGAAGGAAAGUUAUUACGCAAAAUAACAUCGUCUUCAUGAAUUAGUGUCUGAGUUUAGAUUCUUCACAAUUCCGUUUUCAUUCAAAUCCAUCAUUUUAAUUUCUGUUAAAUAUGUUUUAUAUGUCAAAUGUGUAUUUAUGUUAAUUUAUUGUUCACCAGCUUCGUCUGGCGUUAGCAUAGAUCUAAACACGAUCCAGGAAAAGCACAAACAGCAUCAGCACAUUAAGUCUUAUAUCACUCUGACAGACUCUUAAAUAAACGAGCCGAUAACAAAUCAAUUAACUGGUGUAUUGUACAAACACACUUAGUUUUAUUUUUAGUGGCAUGUUCUCAUAUAAAUCCCAGAAUAAAUGCUCAAUGUAACGAAAUGUCAUUGGUUUAAGUCACAGGAUGGUACUGUUGUACUGAGUGGUGUAAAGGCAACAAAUGUUAGUUUUUGUUUUUUUUAUUGAUUUGUCUCCUUUGUGAAACUGAACUGUUUAAAAAAUCCUGUACAUGUGGAAAUGUAUAAUAAAAUGUA